CUUGUCUUAUUUUAAUCGGCCCGCGUACGCACGUUCCGCGUCAGUCACAGUGAUCCAUUUAACUACGUAGAUCUAUCCGCAAGUACGAGUUAACGUUCCUCUUGCGUCAUCGUCUCUACGAUGCUCCCUUUGUGUGCCGGGACCGAGAAUCUCACCUGCCGAUUCAUUCAGCUCCGAAAGGAAAAUGGAAAACUCUUCACUGGUCGCAAAUACUCGGCCCAGGCGGGAUGGGAAUACAUACUGCAACAGAUGCGACAAGAAUUUCCCAGCGUGAUGGCUAACGUGCACUACAGGGUGCUGAAGAAGAAAUGGUCGAACCUGUUGCAGCAAUACAAACAUGUUGGAAAAUUCUCGCGGGGUUGGAUAACCAUAAAGGGUUUACGAGAGGAUAAAAAAAAAAAUAUUGGAAACCCGAAGGAUAGGAUGCUUGCCGGGAGGCAAUUGGAACUGAGGAAUCCGGUACACGGAGACAGAAACAAGGCGGACGACGUAUCGUGGCCCUUUUACAGCGCGAUCGACCAGGUCCUCGGACACGAUCGAGCAACAUCGCCGAUCAACGACGAGUACAUCGAUCCGCACGAAUUCCUCUGCGUCUCCGUGACACCGGAAGAGCCCACCUCCUCCGUCGACACGCUUCCUGCGGGAUCGAAUCCGGAAAUCGUACGUCGAGCCGGUGAUUCAUCGGCCGAGCCAAGGUUGCAAACAUUCGGCGACGAUUGUUCCAUUGAAAUCAAGAGGAUACCUGCUAACGAACCGACCAGACAAACGGGAAAAUAUUACGGGAGGAGGAAACGGGACUCGAAAAACUCGAUGCCCCGUCUACCACGCGCCACGGUGCUCACGAUCAAGAAAGUAACGUCCGAGGCUGACUGCUCCUCUAAGGACUCGUCCAGGGUACGAGGAAACGACUUGGUCGAUUCGAUAGGAGACAAAGAACGAGCGGUUACGGCGCGUAACGAGGAUGAGGAAAGGCCUAGAAAGUCGAGGAGAAGCCGAAUACCGUAUCGCGAGGAUCACGAGUCACGGACCGAUCGUCGUAUCGAGCAGAUCUUCGAAUACAUCAAAAGAAGGGACGAGGAGAAUAGAUCCAUCAUGAUCCGGGUGAUGCACGCCGUGGAGACCAUCGCCAACAAGCUGUGACAUCCUUCUAUCCGCGGACCGGUGAAAGGGAUUGCGUUCGAACGCUUUCUAACAACUACCAUUGAUUAAAGUCGAUGCAAGUGUACAUGUUAAAACACUUUCUAAGGUUAUACCGUAUUGUUUUGGUACGUUCUAUUCAAUUGUUAUUUUAUAUUUCUACGGGAAGUCACCGGAGAACUUGAAAAUUAUCAUAUCAUUCUUUGUACGAAAUAAAUCAAUUAUUAUUGUUGGAAAA